GGUAAGUAGGAAAUUGAUUCGGUCUAUUAUUAGUGCGGGAUGAUGUGAAUUCUAAUAAUAGAUUGCAAUUGUUACUGCAAUAUAGCAAAAAGAUUUGAUGUCGAAAAUGAGCUGUUCGUUUAAGAGUUGUAAAACUGGUUCAUUGAAUGAAUCUGAAUGUAGAAUCGAGGUUAAAACUGUACUACCAAAGAAGACAAUAGACGGAUCAAAACUUAGCAUAAAUUGGAGAACAGACGGAGAGGCAAAGUUUCACAAAGAUUGUUGGAAUGAUGUUUUGAAGCUGUCACGUUCUCGCACAAAGAAAAAAGAUGGACCCAACAUGUCACAACAGGAGAAGAUUCUAGUGAAGGAGGCCAAAAAAUCUUUUGAGCAGUUUGAUUCUCUCCAACAUUUAUGCAGCGAAGCAAAGCGAGUUGCUCAAAUGAUAACAUCAAGCAAACACUGUGUUGCUUUUACAGGUGCUGGGAUUUCUACAUCAGCUGGUAUUGGUGACUAUAGAGGAAAGAGUGGCAAGUGGACAGAGAUGGAUCAAAACUUACUGGAUGUUGAUUCCAUAUUUGAAACAGAUGAACCAGAAACAAAGAAAAGGAAAACACAAACUGAGGGAUCAGUGAAUCCAGAAGCAGCUUCCGUGGAACUCUGGAGCUCACCUGCUUAA